AUGGCGCGAAUUUUUUAUGCUUGCAUCCACCAGGACGAGAAAAUCUCGUCAAAAUCUCCGUCAGACGGCAUCACCUGGUUCUGCCUGUCUUUAAUCGCCUUAAUCGCGCUCAUAGACCUCUCUCCGCUGGGCCCGAUCCUCCGCGCCGCGCCUCCGCAAUCCGCGCCGUUCCUGCUCGCGCUCGUCCAAUGGCUGUUCUUCGUCCUCCCCGCGCUCUCCUGGUGUCGCGACCGCGGGUUCCCCCUCCGCGCAACACUCAAGCUGCAACUUUCGCGGGGUGCUGGAGGGGAGGCGGCCGGGGGAAUAGCAGAAUUAGCAGCAGGAAUAGGAGCAGCAGGAGGAAGCGGAGGGGAUAGUGUGAGUGCUACAGGUUUGUUGCUGGGUCCUUUGUUGCUGCCUGAUGGGACCGGAGGGGAUGUAGCUGCUACAGCUGCCUCUGCUACAGCUGCCACGGCCUUACCGCUUUUUGACAUGCUACAGCUGUUCCUGUGGGUGGCGGUGUCACCGGCUGUAGCAGAGGAGCUGCUCUUCAGAGGGCUGCUGCUCACAGCCCUGCAAGAGAGGCUCGGCAGGAUCGACGCGGCCAUGCUCUCUGCAGCCCUCUUCGCCCUCUUCCACCUCUCCCUCUCCCUCCUCUUUCCCAACAUGGCCCUUGGGAUUGCCGCCGGCCUGCUCGCUGUCUACUCUAAUAGCGUGCUGCCAGCUAUCGCCCUGCAUACCACUUACAAUGCAUCUGCCCUUCUCUAUGCACUCAUGGCAACGGCUGCUCCUUCCGUUUAG